CACAAUCUACCUGUCGAUCCAACACCCAGCACUUUGUCUUUUUAUAUCACCUACAUGUCUCACCACAUUCAGCCUCAUUCAGUCGAAGCCUACUUGUCUGGUAUUAUCAAUCAAUUGGAGCCCCAUUUUCCUCAUGUUCGCCAAUCACAAAAUUCACUACUGGUAAAGUGGACACUGCAAGGUGCUCUUUGCUUGCUUGGGCAUCUGGUGUCUCAGAAGGAACCUCUCAGAUGGGAUGACUUGUUGCAUGUGUUGAAUGGAUUGCCACAGCCUAUGACUCAUGAUGAUUUAUUAUGGGUAACUCAACUCCAUUGCGUGUUUUAUGGUCUCCUACAUCUGGGAGAAUUGGUGGCUCCAGAUGAGAUUGCUUUGCAGGACUUCACGAAGUUUUCCAUGUGGGCUUCGGUUCAUGUCUCUGAUGGCGAUUUCACAUUCCUCCUACAGUGUGAGAAAGCAGAUACCCAGUAUGAAGGUAACAGGGUUAUAAUUCAGCACUCUGCUGCAAGUUCUGAUCCUUGGCCUCUCUUUACGCAGUAUCUGGCCUCACAUGAUCAAAAAUAUCCACUACAUUCCUUUUUGUGGAUACACAAAGAUGGGCAUCAUCCUACACACUCAUGGUUUAUUCGGAAACUCAAGUCUUUCUUCAGUAACGAUAUAUCAGGACAUUCGAUGAGAGCGGGGGGAGCCACUUCACUGGCUGCUGCUGGAGUGUCGCCUGAUCAUAUU